CCUCAUCACUCAAGAGAAAGAGAAAGUAGCGCAUUAAAAUGACAACAGUGUCAGACAGAGAAGGUGGUGUUGAGGAAAAGCCCAAAGUCAAGAUGCUGGCUCCAGCAUUUGGGAUUGAUAAAUCACGACUUCAUGGAUCAGGGUAUAGGUCCAAAGGAUUUGCCAUCACCGACCUACUGGGUCUAGAAACGGAUCUCCAGUCCCGCCCAUCCGGACCUCAUGGAGUAGGAGGAAACGGGGAUGUUCAGAGCGCUGGGAUGGGAUUCCCUUUUACUGGAGGUUCCUUGCCGCUUGGUCUGGGAUUCCUGUGCAGUUUGGCAGCUCAGCAACCGCCCGGGGCCCCCUGUUUCUUACCUAGUCACCUACCCCUCCUUCAGUCAAGGACGGAAAGCCAUUUCAUGCAGAACUUGGAGCAACAAAGAGACGUCUACUCCGAUGACGAAUGUCUCUCUGGUGAUCGAAACGAUUCAAAAAACUCUGGGAACUCACAGAAGAGAAAGAAAAGGAGACACAGAACCGUGUUCACAUCUCAUCAACUGGAGGAGCUCGAAAAAGCAUUCCAUGAAGCACAUUACCCGGACGUGUAUGCCAGGGAAAUGUUAGCAAUGAAGACAGAAUUGCCGGAGGAUAGAAUACAGGUAUGGUUUCAGAAUCGUCGGGCCAAAUGGAGGAAACGUGAGAAGUGUUGGGGGCGCAGUAGCGUGAUGGCUGAGUACGGACUCUAUGGUGCCAUGGUCCGCCAUUCUAUCCCUCUUCCGGAAUCAAUCAUCAACUCCGCGAAAAGUGGGAUGAUGGGCUCCUGUGCUCCCUGGCUUCUAGGUGAGCCAGCAGGAAUGCACAAGAAGUCAAUGGAGAUAGUAAAGAAAUCCCCCGGAACGCCAGGGUCUACCCACUCGGAUACUUACUCCGACGAAACUAAAGUGAAAAACAGCGACAUAUCCUGGCCAAACCGCGGCAAUGAUAUUAACGACAGUGAGGACAUGGCAAUAGACCUAUCCAGCACCUCCAAGCAGGAUAGCAUGAAAAGCACAUUGAAAUCAUCACCGCCGCAGAGGGAUCCCAUUCACAACAGUGAUUCAGAUGAUGAAAGCUAAAUAUGUAUUAAUUCCAUUUAUGGAGUGUGAGCGCGGACAUUUGCGUGGAAAUGAUGCUUACCUCAGAGACAAUUAUUUUCCAAAGAAAAUAAGAACGGUCCCGUCAAUUUAGGGGUGUACAGUAUUUCUUAUUUCGUGAAAUUGUGUUUUAACAUGUUUUAUAACCUUGGUUUGUUUAAAAUAUAAGAGGCUAUUUAAUGUUUUAUUCAUUGCUAUUCUGUUAUUCGUGUGGUCGAAAUAAUAUGUCAAGAAAGAAGAUAAAUGCUCAUUUAAACUUUAAAGCAAAAUGACAAUUUAUUUUGAAACAAAUUUGUAAAAAAACAUCUUAAAACUACUUUUCAUCCCAUAUUUAUAAUGGUCUUUGAUAGGGUUUAUCCUCCACUGCCUGCAUUUUGUAGGCUAUAAAACAUGAACUAUGUUGUGAAGCACUUUAGUAGUCUCAAUCUUACUGUGAGGACAGCAAUAAUAAAACAUUGUAAAAACAACAAUAUCAGUAUUAAUACAUUGACUGUAAUAACAGCAAUAUUAAUACCUUGCUAGAUAAAUAAAACUAUUUUUUUGUUCUGUUCUUUA